AUGUCGGCUACUGAUAUGAAUAAUGUAAGUGUGGAUACGAAGAUUCGGAAUUAUUUAAAGGAGGUUCGUUUAUCUUUUGAUGCGAACGAACCGGCUCUUGUUCACUCGGCCCUUGAAAGUGUGAUCAUUUUAAUGGGAUCACCUUCCGAACCGCCAGCCAAAGAAGAUGAAUUUAGAAAAACGUCAGGAAACCCUUCGGAAAGUGGUUGGUCUCUUGUUUUCCAGUAUUUCCCCACGACAGCGGAUCGGCGAUUGGCCAGGGAACAUUUCCUUAGGGAUCAUUAUUCAAAGUUUGCUGAUUUAUUGUUGGACAAACUGACACUUGACUGGGUUGAUAAACUAAACAAAAAUAAGGUCCAGGUUUCGCUGUUAUCCAUCUUUCUCCACGGAAACCAUGCUGGAUCAUUUCUGGUACUUUUACGACGUAUUAGUACUUCCAGUCUUGGUUACCAAGUGAAUAAAUGUGUAUCAUUAUUGGAACAAUUGCUGAAAGAACAUAGACUGGUGGAUAUAAUCUGGACAGAAUGUAUUGUAGAUAAUAAGAAACACAGGCUUGAAGAACAGUUCCACCAAGAACUUAUCACUGCAAUCGUUUCACUUCCGAGCAAAACAGCUAACAAGUUAAAAGAUCAAAACAGCCUACAGUUUUAUCCUGUACCUUACACAACUCUGCUGGCCCAAGAUUUGCUGAGAGUCUUACACAAAGUUCAUGCCUACCUAAGAAAUUCUACAGACUGUUCCUUACAAUUUGUCUCCCAACUUUUUAGGAAUAUCUGUUACUCAGGGUUUGCAGAUGAGCUGUGGAAUGAAAUUCUUCCAGAGUUUUUGAAAUAUGUAAAAACAGAUUUUAUUUGGCGUCGUAUUUGUAAAAGACUUGUGGUUAGCGGUUCUGACCGAGGAAUCGAAUCUGUGCUUAUACCACUGCUAGCAAAACUUCCAUGGUAUGGCCUUGUUGAAAUAUUUCUUGGUGAUGCAGUGAUUGAAGUUCCAAAAGUAAAAUAUCUAUUAUGCACUAAAGUUUUGCUACACAGAUUUUUUGAAAAGAACUUAUUACUACAGAAUAUUUUGGGAUACCUGGCCUCUUCUCCCAAUAGAAGAUCCCUUUUUAUACAGGUGUUUAAAACUCUUAUCAAUGUCUGGGGAGAUGCGAGUGCCCUCCGACACACAUCCUAUGAACAGCACCACUACAUUUCUCGUGCCAUUGUCAUCUCUGCUGGUUUUAUCACAGAAAAAGACGAUGAGAAAGAAAGGAAAGCUUCUGUGUCAUCUCUGAUGUAUGGUAUGCAGAACCAUUUACAGAAUAUUGAUUCCAAUAUUCACAUUUUGGGUAUGGCAGUCACAGAAUUGUUAGUUGCCAAAUUGGAUCCAAAUGGCCCAGAACUUAACUUUACUUAUGAAAAAACCCAACAAAUUAAAGACCUUCAGAAAUUGAUUGUCCCUCCCCUGGAAACAAGUGAAUCUGAUGUUCCUGUUCAGCCAUUGAUCAGCCAAGAAGAUGUUAAAGAAGAAAUCAAUCAGAAACCAGAAGAGAAUAAAUCAAUGGAUGGUGAACUUGAUAGUGAUGACGAUGAAUUCGAGCCAUACGACAUGUCAAAUGAUAAAGAAAUUUCCAAAGUAAAAGCUCCAAAAUAUAUCCGAGAUUGCAUGGAAGGGUUAAUCAACACUGAAGACACUGACCGAGUUGAGGUUUGUUUGACUGUUGCUGAAGAUCUUAUUCGGUCAAGCCCUCAUGGAUUACAAGAGAUUGCUGUCGAGUUUUGUCGAAUUCUCCUGCAUUUAACAAAUAUUUCCUCCUGCACUGAUUUUUUAGAAAGUCGAUUUCGAGCUCUGGUUGCCAUUACUGCUUUGUGUCCCAUUCAGUCUGCAACGUAUUUAACAGAACAGAUCUAUGCCAGGAAUUAUAACAUCAGGCAGCGUCUUGAUAUACUUGAGGUUCUUGGAACAGCAGCUAUGGAAUUGGCCAAGCCAAAUGCCCAGAAAUCUAAAUCUGGAAAUGAGACUCUUUCUCAGACAGAUGUGAAAGUCGAACUGAUUCAACCAGAAAAGAAAGUCUACAAUUGGCAAGAAAUUGUCCAGAAGAGAAUUGAAAGCAAAACUCGGCGCUUUGCUAAAGGACGGACACAACCAGAGCCACAGGCAACACCAAACAGGUUUUCGUCUGUUGCAGGCUACUUUUUCUACCCACUUUUAAAAAACUAUGACAGUAAGGACUCAUCAGUUGAUAUCCUUGGAGAGGACCCAGUCAUCUUGGAACGUCUUUUGUACACAUUGGGAAUCAUUUUACAUUCAGCAAUAAACACUCUGGCUGUGAAGCAAAUGGGUCAAUGUUUAUUUGACUUUCUUUGGGGUUUACGCUACCAUCAAGAAAGUUCCGUUUGUCAAGCAUUGCUGUUUGGUGUAUCCAUGGUUUAUUUAUCUGUACCUUCCCAUAUUCUGUUGGGAGAAAUGCAACAAGACACAAUGGAAUUUAAGGAAUGGUUGCAAGACAUUGUUGAGAAAAACCCUCAUGCCGAAUGUCAAAAAUUAGCUGCUCAAACAUUGAUGAUUUUGCAAAACAUUGUCCAGAAGGAAUUCUCCUGA